AUGUCUUCAUGGGAGCUUCAGUUGGUGGAGGUGCUUGAGCGGUACUCAAUUGGUCACCUCAUUGGAAGAUUUAUGGACGCCGGAAUGUCGUGUGAUGACCUCUUGUCACUUCACAUUGACCAGUACCGCAACUACGGCGUCACCGAUGAUGAGAAGAUCCAUUUGUACCAGGCAAUACAGCACCUUCGACGGGAGGCGAAUGGGAGAAUAAAGCCCUCGUCGCCCGAGGAUUCCCUGAUGAUGAUGCCAACGUUUUCAGUAAGGCCAACAAUGUCAGCAGACAUAGAUGAACUCUCGGAUGAAAAGGAAAGCAGGGAAAGGCAGUACACAGAGCGCGGCACGACGGUCUUAACAAAGUCCGCCGACAGUCGGGAGAUCAAACGGCGUAAAAGCCGCAUUGUCGUGGCAGUUCGAAAACGGCCCUUGAACCUUGUUGAGUCACAGCGUGGCUUUGCAGAUGUGAUAUCGACGAAUAGCCUGGAUGAGCUUCUGCUUGCGGAGCCGCGCCAGAAGGUGGAUCUCACAAAGUACACGCAUACGCACCGGUUUUUCUUUGAUGAAGUUUUUGCGGAAACGGCCACGAACGCCGAUGUGUACCGUCGCACGGCCGCCACAUUAAUCGACACCGUCUUUGAGGGCGGGUUUGCCACGUGCUUUGCGUAUGGGCAGACAGGAAGUGGGAAGACGCACACAAUGUUGGGGAGCGGAACAGAGCCUGGUAUUUACGCCCUCGCCGCGGAAGAAAUGUUCGCCCGCAUUGACAGUGGCAAAGAUCUUUACGUGUCUUUCUAUGAGAUAUAUAGCGGAAAGUUGUAUGACCUGUUGAAUGGACGUCAGUCGCUGCGAUGCCUUGAGGACGGCAAACAGAACGUAAACAUCUGCGGGCUGACGGAGCACCUUCAAGCAGACGUGCGUAGCAUCAUGCGACUUAUUGAGGAGGGAAACCGCAUCCGAAGCAGCGGCACGACAGGCGCCAAUGACACAAGCUCUCGUUCCCAUGCCAUCCUCGAGAUCAAGGCCCGUGGACGCGAGGACAAGAAGUUGUUUGGCAAAUUUACAUUUAUUGACCUUGCCGGGAGUGAGCGGGGCGCAGACACGCUGGACUGCGACCGUCAGACACGCAUAGAAGGGGCGCAAAUCAACAAGAGCCUGCUGGCACUGAAGGAAUGCAUCCGAUCGCUUGAUCUUAACCGUCGCCACGUUCCAUUUCGCGGGUCGAAGCUGACGGAAGUGCUUCGAGACUCGUUUGUAGGCAACUGUCGUACCGUCAUGAUUGGUGCGGUGUCACCGGCGAGCAACAGCUGCGAACACACCUUAAAUACAUUGCGUUAUGCGGAUCGCGUAAAGGAGUUGAAGAAGAGCAUCGGGGAGCGGCGACCCAUUGAAGAAAACGAACACAGCGAACUUCUCUUUGAAAAGAAACCGCCCAUGCCUGCAGCACGUCCAUCCAUCAACGGCCGACUUUCCACACCACCAGUGAGUGUGGUGAACCUCCCUAAUAACAAGAACGGCAACAAGGGCAACAGCAAGGGCGGCGGUAAAUGCAAGAGCAACGGCGCCAACUUGGCUGCGUGGACAAGCGAGGGAAGUCGGCGCUCAGGAGUGAUGCGUCCAAGUGGUCUUUUGCCUGCCAAGGCAUUAGAAACCAAUCGUGGCGAAAUUGGUUACAAGCGCGGCCGAGAGUUUGAUGACCAGCAACAACAAGCAGAGCUGUUGGCACGAAAGAGUGUGGACCUGGACAUUGGGGUUCGCUACGACAGGGUAGUGGACGAAAUUGUCAAGCUGGAGCACGUGUGUGUGCAGACCCAUCGUCGUUACUUGGAUGAAGACAUGAAAAUCAUUAAAGAGGAAUUUGCGCAGAUUAUGUCGGUAGAGAUGCCGAACUCGGAUAUUGAUGCAUACGUAACUAACGUUCUUAACCUCCUCAAUAACAAACUGCAGGCUAUCCAUCAGUUUCAAGGGGAAAUGUUGCGGCUGCGGAGUAUGCUAGACGAGGAGGAAGCGCUCUCUCGUCAGCUUGAACAGAGUGGGCAGUAG